AGUACAUAUUACUGACAGCUGAUCAAGGAGUUUUCCUCGUAUGUGAUUCGUCAUUUCUGAGCUCAAGCAAGGAACCGGAAUAACAAAGAACACGCUAUGUGAAGCCAUUUUGCCACGCUGAAAUAUGCUCUAUCUUAUGCAGGGAAAAGCAAGGGGAAAAGCAAGAGAGCAAAGCGCGGCGUGUGGUUUACGUGCCGGUUGGGCCGCUGGGGUGAUUGUUUUCCAAUUUCUGGUAGUACGGAGACAUUUUAGAUUUUCCAAUUUUGUCAUUGCCUAGUGGCAACCGGAGGGUUCCACAAACGCAACAAGAGUGGAGCCGAAGCAGCGACCGCCAUGGACACUGAGCCGCUGGACGUGGACCCGGAGCUGGACUAUGAGGACGGCCUGCUGGGCGACGACAACGACAGCCCGCCGCCGGCCGGCGACCACGAGCUGGAGGACGGUGAGCUGGAUGACUCGGGCUCUGAGCAGGAGGCGGCACCCGCCGGCCGGCCCGCCGCGCCGCCGGAGCCGCUGACUGAGGAGGCCCGCCGGCGGCGCGCCGAACGGUUCGGCGGGAUGCUGGAUGCCGAACCUCCAACCGAAGAGGCCCGUCGGCGGCGCGUUGAGCGAUUUGGUGAGAUGCAAGAUGCGGAACCUCCAACGGCAGAGACCCGCCGGCGCCGGGCGGAGAGAUUUGGCGACAUGCUGGACAUGGAUGCAGAACCUGUUACCGAAGAGGCCCGUCGACGCCGCGCCGAGCGGUUUGGUGAGACGCUGGCGCCGGCGGACCCGCCGGGCCUGCCGCCGGCCGAGCAGGCGCGCCGCAGUGCCCUGUACGCCAGUCUGGGUCUGAGUGAGCCCGUGGACGGCCCGGUCCAAUGGCGGCCAGAGGCGGUGCACGUGCGCGGCACGGGAACCAUGACCACUGGUGACGUCAUGGACUAUUUUUACCGGUUCCGGCCGGCUCACGUGGAGUGGGUGACGGACGGUGCGUGUAACGUGGUCUGGAUGGACGAUGUGGGUCCGGUGCGCGCCCUGCUCGAGCUCAGCUCACCGAUCGCGCCUCCCGGAGCCGAGAGGCCGGCGGCGGCGGCAGUGGAGGAGGACCCGGAUGCGCUCCUGGUCGGUCUGGACACGAUGGACUCGGACGCUCCGCCGCCGCCAGCCGCCGACACCCACAUGCGGGAAGCUGGUGAGGAGGAGGCCGUCGACCCGGCUGACAUCAAGACGCCGAUUCCGCCGGGCCGGUGGCGCCUGGGCGUGCCGCACCGGCUCACCGACAGCCUAUUCCUGCGGUUCGCCACGCGCGGCGACCGCCGGCUGCCGGGCGCCGAGCAGAGCCGCUCCGGACAUGUGAAGCUGCUGGGGGAUCCGAGCCACCCGGCCGGCGUGGCCGGCAUUAUCACAGAGCGGCGGCGGCGCGAGCUGCGCGGCGAGCCCGUCCAGGAGGCGCCGCCGCCGCCCGGCAAGGUUAAUCCGUGGGGAGGCAUCGCCGCCAGCUGGGCUACUGCCGAGGCUGUGCGCCGGCCUGUGAGGGAUUACGACCACGACCCGGAGCUGAACCUGCUGCGGGACGGCGGCCGGCCGCCGGACCUGCGCCGCCGCCUGGAGAGCCGGCCGGCCGGCGCCGGCUCAGACACCGAGCGGCCGACGGCGCCGCAGCCGCGCAAACGGCAACGCAGCAGCAGCCCGGAGAGCGGCGGCGACGCGGCGGCCAACAGUGACGAGGAGGAGUGGCGCACGCGACUCAAGGUGCCGCGCAUGCGCAUGCACGCCGACGACGAGCUGGAGAAGCCAGUGACAGCUCGGCGGCCGGUGCGCAGCGACCUGCGCGCGCGCCUCGCAGCCGGCGGUGGCCGCUGGCGCAAGAACGCCGAGCUGGAGGCGGAGCGGCGUGAGGCGCCCGACGGCCGGCGGCGGCAGCAGCCGGCCUCGCCGCUCCGACUCGACUACGAACAGCCGGAUGCCGAAGACGAGGACGAGCUGACAGCCUCCGCUGGGGAUUUGGACUCCGAGCGGCCCGUCAAUAUUAAGAUCACCCGCGACUUUAGCGGUGACGAGCUGAGCGGUGGCGAAUCCAGCUCGGAGACGUCCGAGUCGGCACCGGACUCGGAUCGGGAGGACGAAGAGGACGAGGAUGAGGAGGAGGAGGAAGUGGAGCCGGUGGAGGUGGACGUGGACCGGCGCACGGACAAGAACAGCGCCGCCGACCUGCGCGCCCGCCUGAACAAGAAGCGCGCGGAGACCAAGAGCGAGCGGCCGCCGCUGCGGAUAGAGGUGGACAAUGACGAGUACUAUCGGCUGAUCGGCUCUGACAGCGAGUAGCGGAGCCGCGGGGGUCGUCCCCGCCGGGCCGGGUGGCCGGGCAGUGUGUGUUCGUGGUCGGACAAGCUCCAGUGUGCCGAGUGUCAACGACGAGACGACAGGAGCUGCUGUGUGCUGGGUGAAUCGGCGAGCAGCGACUGGCUUCGGCUGUGUGUCCAUGAGCGAGUUCAGAGACAUGGGUGGCGCUGCAUGUUACAACAAUGGUCCAUUGGUGUGUCCACCGAUAUAGGUUGCUCCUAGCACUGGGAGCUUGAACUUCAUCGUUUCAUGAGUGCAUCGCAUGCUUUGUUCAGUUUCAUAAUGUGAAAUUAUGAUGCUUCAAUUGAUAAUCACAAAUCACUGUUAUUGAGGUGUACUACUGUCCACAGUAUUUAGCCGAAGUUUUUAUUGAAUGAUAAAGUUCGGAUGAAUAGGACAGUGUUCUACCUCAAUCGGAAUGGCCUGCGCUCUUCUGUUGAAAAUGACGAUUGAUAAGUUCAUUUUCUUUUCAGCUUUGUCGCGCUAACAGCGAAUUUACUUUUACCUAGCGUUAGCUGUGAUUUAUCUGCACAUGCGGCCUGCAAUCCUAUCGCGGACUGUAUUUUAGCAUCAAGAGGCAUCAAUAUGCUGCCUUGGUUACAGCCUGUCAGCUUUUCUGCUCUUGAAAUGAACAACAAAUCAUGUGAACUAUUUUACUAUGAGCGCACAUUGUUGUCAUGCACUGUGCUGAGAUGUAGUGUUUCGACGGUCGAGGUUUCAAUAAAUGACGGUUCACAGUUUCA